AUGCUUACCCGGAUGCCGCUGCCGGCGCCUCUUGUGGCGGAUGAGCUGUGCCGUGCCGUCAAGCUGCCGCGGCGAGCGGCAUGCGGUGCAGGCAUCCCCUCAUCUCAACGGCAUGUGGCCAUCGUGGGCGCUGGUGCUGCCGGCUUGGCCACAGCUUUUGGCCUAUCCCGACGUGGCAUUGCAGUGACAAUCCUGGAGGCCGGUCAGAGGGUGGGCGGCCGCAUCCGGACGGUGGAGGUCGGAGACGAACCAUACGAUCUCGGAGCCACGUGGGCGCACGGCCGCACCGCAGAGGCGAAUCCGGCCCUGGCGUUUGCAAAGGAGCUGCCUCUGCGAAGCAGCGGCGGUGCCCCGAAGACCGGCAAGGCGGGCGCGCGGACCGUCUUCGGCACGGAUGGCAGUGAGGUUGAUGGCCGCGUGGCCUCGCGCUUAGCCAGCGCCUAUGCCUUGGCUCUCGAGGAGUGUGAAGGUGUGGCACACGGGAAGGCUGUGGAGGAGCUGCAGGGAACGAAAGACGGCGAGCUGCCACCCAAUGUGGAGGCUGCGGUCGAGAAGCUACUUGCCAGAAGAUUUUCAGACGCGGCUGCAGCCGGUGCGCCCUCUGCCUGCUUCUUGAGAGCCGCCUACGACUGGCGAGCGCAGUUGGAAUGCUGCAUUUCGGGCUGUGACGCAGUCUCUGAUCUUAGCCUGGAGGCCUGGGGAGAGUAUGAGGACCUGCCCCAUGCUGUUCGGGCUUCCAACCGGUGGCAGGGCGGCUUCAGUGCCCUAAUGCAGGCAGCUUUACAAGAUCUCUUGGACGCGCCCAGCUCUGAAGGAGAUGUCGACAUCCGCCUCGGCUGUUCUGUGGAGUCCAUCCGAUGGUCAGACGACGGCGUGCAGCUCACUUGGAGGUCGAGAGACAGCUCCUCCGAGGUGGACGAGGUGCACUUCCAUGCCGACCACGUCGUCGUCACGACCUCCUUGGGUGUUUUGAAGGACUCGGUCGCCAGUGGUGGGCCCCUUCGCUUCGAGCCACCCCUGCCGGAACCGAAGAGGGCGGCCAUCGAGAGACUUGGCUUUGGCACCGUGGACAAGGUCUUGCUGCUCUACGAGCAGCCUUGGUGGUGCGAUCUUUGGGCGGCCCUGAGAUUCCUCUGGCCAAAGGACGUGGCGCAGAGCGAGGAUCCAUCUUGGAUACGCCGAAUCUACGGCUGUACCGGCGCCUGUGACAACGCCGGGCUGGAGUUCUGGCUUGCUGGCUCUGGAGCCACAGACAUGGAGGCAUGCAGCGACCAAGAGGUCCAGAAGAGCCUCCAAAGGCUGCUACAGCGCUGCUCUGGGGCCAGCGAAACCCUUCCUGAGCCCUAUGGGCUUCACCGCUCUUCCUGGGGCACCGAUCCCAACUUCCGUGGCUCCUACUCUUUCGUAGCCGUCGGCGGCAGCGGGGCAGACAUCGAUGAGCUUGCAAGCCCCGAAGGAAGUCGCAUGCAGCUCUCCUUCGCCGGUGAACAUACCCACCGCAGGUACUACUCCACGGUCCAUGGGGCUUGGUGGAGUGGCAUCCGUGCCGCCGAAGUUCUUGCCGAGGGAGUUGGCUGA